AUGGCAGCAUCAGUUCUUUCAACCCCGGCCACCUCAUCAUUGCCGGUCGUUUCCUCGUCCGCCACUACUUCUAUGGUGAAGACGGCGGCGCCAAAACAGGAUAUUUAUACCAUCAAUGACCUUCUCCGAUUGAGAGCCUCGGGAGAGACGGCGCACGAUCCUAUUGUGGCCUAUCCAUCGUCGGGAACGAAUUAUGUAUACUAUACACCUCAUCAGUUGGAUGUACUCGUUGAAGCAGCUGCAGUACAAUACGCCAAAACUAUCCCCCAGAGACUUGCAUCAAUUGACCCCGUGCAAGUUGUGGGACUUUUGGGUGCAUCCGAUUUUGAAUACUUGAUCACACUAUUGGCUGUCUCUCGACUCGGACACACUGUACUGCUGCUAUCGACUCGUAUCGCAGAAGAUGCCUAUGUCAGUCUUAUGGAGGCCACCAAGGCCUCAUUCCUCAUUACCCACCCCAGCUUCCAAACCAUGGGAGAGAACGUCACCAAGCGAACGGGUGCCACCCAAGUCCCCGUCGUAGCGCCGGCGAAUGCGGCCUCGCCGGAGGUAACUUCUGCCCACCUCCCCGCCGCACACUUGCACGGCCCAACUGAAAACAAACACAUCACUUGGGUCAUCCAUUCCAGCGGCUCAACCGGCCACCCAAAGCCUAUCUACCAGACGCAUUCUGGUGCUUUGAAAAACUAUGCCAAUAACUUCGGGCUUCGGGGCUUCAUUACUCUUCCCCUCUUCCACGCUCAUGGCAUCAGCUGUCUGUUCCGCGCCAUUCACUCCCAGAAGCUCAUUUACAUGUACAAUGCCAGCUUGCCGCUCACGGCCCCCAGCCUGUUAAGUACUCUCAACGACCAUGACGAAAUCGAGGUCCUGUACGCUGUUCCGUACGCCCUGAAGCUCCUCUCAGAAUCUGAGAAGGGUUUAAAGCGAAUGGCCGGUCUAGAGCUGGUCAUGUUCGGUGGAUCGUCUUGUCCCAAGCCAAUUGGGGAUACUCUGGUGCAGAAUGGUGUCCGUCUGGUAUCUCACUACGGAACAACGGAGACUGGCCAGCUCAUGACCUCGUUUCGUGACCGGUCGGACCUGGAUUGGGACUAUGUUCGUCCAGGUCCUUCUUUGCUACCCUAUCUCCGCUGGGAGGAUCAGCCAGGUAUGCCUGGCAUCUACGAGCUAUGUGUCCUGGAGGGCUGGCCUUCCAAGGUUGCCAGCAAUCGCCCUGACAACUCGUAUGCUACCAAGGACCUGUUCGAAAAACACCCGACCACACCCAAUGCUUGGCGAUACUAUGCGCGUCUGGAUGAUACCUUGGUCCUGGAAAACGGAGAGAAGGCCAACCCGCUGGUCAUCGAGGGUGUUGCGCGCAAGAAUCCCAAUGUCGGCGAAGCGGUCGCCUUCGGAAGUACCAGGCCCCGUCUGGGUCUGUUUGUCAUUCCCUCCGAUAAGUGCCAUUUCCAAACCGAUGAGGAGCUGGUGGACAAUGUGUUUCCGGAUAUCGAGGCCUGCAAUGCCGAGUUGCCGGCUUAUGCGUACAUCUCCCACGAUAUGAUCCACGUUCUUCCAAAGGAUACCGUGUACCGGAGGACGGACAAGGGAACUGUCAUUCGUUCUGCAUUUUAUAAGGACUUCGCUGAGAAGAUCAAUGAGAUCUAUGAGGCUCCCGAUCAGCAAGGUGAUCUGGUCCUAGAGGGCCCUGAAUUGAUUCAGUUUCUUCGCGAGUCCCUCCUCGAUAUCGCCCCGUCAGUGGAGACUUCCUCACUGGGGGAGAUCACAGAUAUUUUCAGCUUGGGCAUCGACAGUCUGCAGUCGAUCCGCCUGCGCAGUGCGAUCACCCGCACCCUAGAUCUCGGAGGCCAGAAGCUGUCGCAGAAUUUCGUCUUCGAGAACCCGUCACUCCAGGCCAUGGCAGACCAUAUUACUGCUCUACGCUCUGGUGAAGCUUUGAAGGAGCAGGCUUCUGUUGAAGAACGGAUGCAAGCCUUGAUCGAUAAAUACAGCACUUCUUUCAAGACCCACGUCCCCGUUGAUCGUGAAGAUGAUGGUGACUAUGUUGUACUGACAGGAGCAACCGGUUCCCUCGGUGCACACAUUGUUUCUCAGCUGGUUCAGUUGGACCGUGUGAAGAAGGUGUACUGUUUAGUACGGGCCAAGUCCUUGAAGGCCGCCUAUCAACGCGUGACCGAAAGCUUACGCGCCCGUGCAGUCUAUUAUACUAUUUCUCCUACUGUAGUGCGCAAGAUCGUUGCUUUGCCUUGCAAUUUAUCCAAGCCAACUGACUUAGGCCUUGGCGAGGAUGCCUACGCGAAUAUCAAAAAGUCAGUAACUGCGGUGAUCCACUGUGCUUGGUCGGUCAAUUUCAACUGGGCUCUGGAGAGCUUCGAGGAUAGCUGCAUUGCUGCCACGCGCAACCUGUUGGAUCUGUGCUUAAGCGCGGAGAGUCCACGUCCUGCUUCCUUCUCUUUCUGCUCGUCCGUCAGCACAGUCGCUCGCACUCCUGGAACCUGGGCUCCGGAAGCCCUCCCGGCAUCUUUGUCAUAUGCCCAGGGGAUGGGAUAUGCCCAGUCCAAGCUGGUGACCGAGAACAUUGUCAACCGCGCUGCCCAUGCAACUGGCAUGACAGCUCGUGUUUUGCGAGCCGGCCAGAUCGUUGGAGACACCGUCCACGGUAUCUGGAAUGCGACUGAGGCCAUCCCGAUGAUGUUCCAGACAGCAAAGACCAUUCAAGCCCUGCCCCAGCUCGACGACGUCCUCAGCUGGACCCCUGUUGAUGUGAUGGCGAGCAGCAUCAUCGACCUCAGCCUUGCUUCUAAUGCCGCAGAGGUGAUGAACGUCACCAACCCGACCCUGAACCACUGGACUCAUGACCUGCUCCCGCAACUGAAGGGGGCUGGCUUGGACUUUGAACAGCUCCCUAGGCAAGCCUGGCUACAGCGUCUUCGGGACUCCAACCAAGACGCCGAGGUCAACCCACCCAUCAAGCUGCUCGAAUUCUUCACCUCCAAGUAUGACAACAACAACCCGACCCGCACACUCCUCUACGACACGAAGAAAGCCCAGGCUUCGUCGCCCGCUCUGGCCAGGGCCCAGGGCCUCAACGCCGAGUUUAUCUCGCGUUUCGUCAAUUACUUCACAUCCCAGUGCUGGGGCCAGUCCUCCAAGCCGGUCAUUUCCCGCAACGUCUUCGUCCUGAUCGGCCCCUGCGGCUGCGGUAAGAGCACCGCAGCACAGGCCCUGAAGCAGCACCUGGACAUACCCGUCAUCGAAGGCGACUCUCUGCACUCCCCACUCGCGCGGCAGAAAAUGGCCAACAAUCUGCCCCUGCAGGAUUCUGACCGCUGGGAUUGGCUGUCGCACAUCCGGGGCGCUGUGAUGGGUCGCCUUUUGGAGUCGGAGACGCCCACCGUCGCGGUGACUUGCUCCGCCCUGCGCACCGUCUACCGCGAUGAGCUGCGCCGCUUGUCGAGUCUAUUUGAUUUCCCGGUCACUGUGACGUUCUUGCUUUUGUUGAUGCAAGAUCGCGAGCAAUUGAGAGAUCGUAUGGUGGCCCGUGAGAACCACUAUAUGAAGUCGACGAUGGUCGAUUCGCAGCUUGAUUUGCUGGAGGAUCCCAUUGAUGAGCCGGAUGUGCUAGUGCUGGAUGCAAGUCGGGAGAGAGAAGAGGUCCUUGACGAUGUGGUGCGGACGGUGGAGGAUAUCCUACGGGCAUAA